ACUAUUUGGCAUUUGAGUGGAUGAUAAUACACAGAGCCGUGCAUGGACAUCUCCACGCGUAAAGCUCAUCCUAGUUUCACCAACGGAACAUAACUACAACAGCAUGGCUUACUUCGACAGCAGCUGCCACUGCAGCGGCGAAAGAAGACAAAACAGCAUCUUGUACAACAUUUUAAAAAACGACAGCCAGUCUGCGCAACUUGGGAACCAGCCGAGGACCCCGAGGCUCGCCGUCUCCAUGCGCGCUUGCGCGUGCGGAUCCAAGAGGAAGGUAUCUCUUCGCUCCCCUCAAACCACUUGUAAAGCAGCUUCUGCGGUUCUGGUGAAGACCCUGAAGUUCGUCAAGAACGUGCCGUGUUUUCGGGAGCUGCCCGUGGAUGAUCAGCACGCGCUGGUGCGGAGCGGCUGGGCGCCACUGUUGGUGCUCGGGAUGGCGCAGGACAGCAUAGACUUUGAGACGUCGGAGGCUCCAGAACCGAGUAUGUUACAGCGGAUUUUAACUAACGGACAGGACAAACAGGAGAACCAGAGUAAUAAUGCCGGGGUUGCGUUAACAGAUGUUCAGGGUAUUAAAAUGUUUCUGAGGAAAUGCUGGGGACUUGAUAUAAGUACUAAGGAGUACGCGUAUCUGAAAGGAGCGAUUCUUUUCAACCCAGAUGUUGCAGGGUUGCAGUGUCAACAUUACAUCCAAGCCCUUCAGAGCGAGGCGCAUCAGGCGCUCAAUGAGUACGUGAAGAUGAUUCACCGCGGAGACAGCGCGCGAUUCUCCAAACUCUUCUGCGCGCUCUCCAUGCUCUUAUCCAUCAAUGCCAAUGUGGUGGCCGGUCUCUUCUUCAAGCCUGUCAUCGGAGCAGUCAACAUGGAGGAACUUCUUCUGGAGAUGUUUUAUGGAAAAUAAAACUGUAAUGCAGAAUCAAAGCUCGGUAAAAUGGCAGUGCGCAGUGGAUGGACAAACUUUGAAAAUGACAGAUUCCUUUUUACACAUGAUAUUUUUAUAUGAUCUACAAGAGCUCUCUCUCUCUUUGCCUUCUGAGUUGAACUCAUUGCUGAAUCCAAAGUUGAUGACGACGUUUUUCCCAUUUUGGAAAAGAACUUUAUAACUUAAGUUGGUUUGUUUACUUGUGCUUUGGUUGGUUGUUUGUUUGUGUAGUGGAGCCUUCUGAUGAAUGUAUGUUUAUUUCAUUCUGGGUUCACUUUAUAAUAACAGUCAUUAACAGAAAUUAAUCUAUAGGCCUUUAUGUAAUGCAUAUGGUGUUUACACUGCAUGUAUAUUUAAUGUAAAUAUAAAAGCUUAAUAUAUUAUCCCAAUGUUGCAUUGCAUUUCUAACUAAUUAUCUGUUAACCAUCAUAUAAUGUGGUGUAUAAUGAAGGUUAGGGUUGUUAAUGAACGUUAUUAUAAAGUGUAACAUAUCUGAAUAUUACAAAAGUAUUGUACAUUUUUGUCACCUUAUGCAAUGACAUUAUGGAACAAUGGGUACACUCCUUUAUAUUUGCCAUGAUAUUAUAGACAGUAAUGUAUUUUCUGUAUUACAACAAUAUUAUUUCGAUAAACGAAAUGUCAGUGUGAUUACAGACCUAAGCACAAAUAGAAAACAAUGAAAAUAAAAUAAACAAUAAGGAAAGUAAUAA